AGGGGUUUCAUAAUACCAUGAUUGUGAGUUUUAGGCUAUUUAUUUACCUGUUAAUGUUUAUGAGUCUGUUAGGUGUUUCUUUGUCUGUAUGAGUCUUCAUGUUGAGGCCACUUGACCUUGAAGAAGGGAAAUUUACUUGAUCAAAGGUUAUUCUAGUAUACUUGGUAGAUCUUUUUUGAGUCUUUCAUUAGGAAUUAUGGCUUAUAAAUAUCUGAGCAUGGUAUUUGCAAUUGAGUAUAGUCUUACAAUAAAACUAAUUUGUUUGAAAAGUAAGAUGGUAAAGUUUGUUCUUCUAGGUGCCGUGUGUGCAUUCCUUAAUCUGCUAAUAAUUAAGUAGUAUUUGAAGGCAAAAAUUCAUCUAAAAUGAAUUUGCUUUUUCAGUUCCCCCAUUUUGUGAGUUUGUACAUUUUCGAAGAUUCGGCAUGUUGUCCCUUUUCUGAGUACUGCACUCUUAUUUCCAAUUAUCAGAAAUAUCAUUCCUACAAAAUAGUAUAUGUAUGUCUCAGCUAAAACUUUACUUUGAUUAUCACAUAUUAAAAACCUUGUGAAGUGUUUUCAUUUUGAUAUUUAGCUUCGAGAAUCAUAAAUAAUCUGAGCGAUGAUCAUGAGUACUUGCUUGGAGCACUUGGGAGUAUUUUGAUGAGCAAACUCAUUCUGGAUAUUUGUGAUACUGUUUUGGUUGGUGCUUGCUCUGGCUUCACUUUUAAGUUGGUCUGCCUAAGGGGUAGCUUUUCAAACCAAUUUUUACUGUCAAGUAAAUAGAAAAGUUCGGUCAUUCAAAUGUUUUUAUGGCCAGUUACCUUGAAUGGAUUAUGCAACACAUUAAAUAAGGGAGCCAACUUAGCAUCACAAUAUCAACAAAAAGAAAUUUUUUCUAGUAUGGGUACUUAUUUGAUACUAAAUUAACUUUGAGAAACUUUUUUAAGAUAAGAGUUAAUGAAGAGGCUUUAAUGGAAAUAAAUGACUUAAUUGAAGGGUCAAUUUUAGGGCUAUCUAUAUCAAUCUAACUAUUAAAAAUUGUAAAAGUAAAUUCUAAUCUUAGUGGAGCUAAUAGUAUUCCAAAACAAUAAUCUCUGGGAAGCCUUGAGGCUGAAUAGAGGAUUAUGAAAGUUCUUUUGUUUUUUCAAUUCAAAUUUUGCUAUAAUUUUAGUCUUUAUUACUCAGCUUUUACCUCAACAUUUACUAGCCCUUGCAUAGCCACUAGUUUCACACAAGGCUAACCAGUUGCAUGUCUUACUUUAAUUUUGUGAAUUGUGCUGCCAUAAGCCUAAUAGUUAUGGAUUUACUUUGGCCAAACCAUAUGGCAUGUGGUGACCAGAGGGCACUUUUUGGCUGAACCAUAUGUCAUAUUGACUCAAUGAUACUGACCAUCUAAGGAAAUCACAAUGUAGAGAUUUUCAAUGUUUAUGGUUUGCAGUUGCCCAGCAACCACAUGGAGCAAUCAGCAAUGAGAUAAGUAGCAGUUCAAAGGCAUGGAUCAAGGUCUGCCUUGGCUUUGUUUUUUCUUGUUGGGCCUCUUUUAUUUCUGUGCUAUGUUUUCUGUUUUGCUUGGUUCAUAACCCUUGGAAAAUCAGAAACAUGCUUUAUAUGUUAAUGUGGAACCUAAAUGGUGAUGGAAGGAGUGUGCUGCAAGGGUCAACCAACCUUGUGUUUUGACAGUAUGGCUGUCCACAACGUCCAGAGUUUCAGAGUUUUGGAUGGCCUGUACUUUGUAGGAACUUCCUAGCACUGUCAAAAGCAGAGGAUGGAUGUUAAUCUUUUGGUUACCUUGUGCAGUUGGUCUGUACUCUCUGGGAACUUCCAAGCACUGUCAAAUGCAAAGGUAGGAUGUUAGUCUUUUGGCUACCUUGUUCAGUCUCUCUGCUUGCUGUUUUAUUGCUUCUACACCUGUUCCACUCUUGGCUGCCAUACGAAGGAGUCCAGAAACAGGAGUAAGGUCCUAAGCUAACAGUUUCCAGAGGUUGUGCCUCCUUGGCCGGUCACUUACCUUUUGCAGACUCUAUUAUCAGUUAGCUAGUUUUCCAUAUUGUUGCUGGUAUUUAAACUUUAUGCAUUUUUAUGUCGUGUUAUAGCCUAACUGUCAAGUUUGUAUUCAUAUAUAGUAUAUACAGAUGAAUAUGUUUCGGCCAAAAAAAAUAAACUGCAUGAUAGAUG